AUGAGCGAAUCGUCGGACUUCCAGGACGAAAAAACCGUUUCUUCCGACAUAAAUGCUGGCUUAAGAAAGGGAAGACGCAAGAAGCUAGCAUGCGUGGAGUGCAGGCAGCAAAAGUCCAAAUGUGAUGCUCACGAAAGAGCUCCGGAAUCUUGUACGCGUUGUGCAAAGAAAAACGUACAAUGUGUAUUACAAAAAGACUUUCGCAGAACGUAUAAGAGAGUCCGCAAUGAGGUAAUCGAGAAGCGAUUUAAAGAGCUCACAAAGUCCUUGAGCAACCUAGGAGCCGAGGAAAUUCUCCGAAGAAUUGAAGAAGAACAGCAGACGCUUCUUGACCAAAACAAUUUUACCAAGGAAAAGCUGAUGAAGCUGCGACAAGACGCUGCGUCCGGCCUCGAUAAAGCAUCGUCUACGCUUUCUACAAGCUCUGUAGAUGACACUCCUACCGCAGAGCCACCAAUCGAGUCUCUAAGUGCUGAAGACCGAAAUCGAGAAUCUGAAGAAGCCGCGGUGACGAUAGAAGUGCCAACUUCAGCAAAUGUCUUCAACAGUAACAUAAUUCAUUGCAGCCCGAAGUCGCUCGGCGAUGUUUAUAUGUCAAGUGAAGAUAUUAGGGAUCUUUAUGAGGAGUUUACGGCGAAAUAUCAUCCGUUUCUUCCUGUUGUCGACAUAUCCAAGGGCCCCGAACUUAUCUAUAGCCUAUCACCGUGCUUGUUUUGGGUCAUAAUGCUUAUUGGGCUCCGCAGGAAGUCUAAAAGUUCGGAUAUCAUGGCAAAGCUUUCAACCUUGGUAAAAUCGGUCCUAGCUGAGAUCACAAUAUCCCCAAUCAUUCGAUAUGCGCCAUCCGAGAACGACGAGCCGGUACUGAACGUUGCCUCCGUAUAUUCGGUUCAAGCUUUUCUUCUCUAUACCUUCUGGCCACCACUAACCUCGUCACUUAGUGCUGAUACGUCUUGGAAUACAAUGGGCUCAGCAAUGUUUCAGGCGAUUCGCGUGGGUUUAAAUUGUGCCGAGUUUUCGACAGAGUACGCUACUACGAACUCUGAACAAAUACAAGAACAGGUCAAGACCUGGGUUUGUUGUAACAUUGUUUCACAGACAAUUGCAUCUUCAUUUGGCUUUCCUUCUUUUGUAUCGUUUGACCACACUGUCAUAAGUGCUUGUGAGUUAUCCUCUAGACAGGGUGGCUCAUACCAAGACACUUAUGUACCGAGAUCUAUCAAACAGAUGAUGCACAUUGCUUAUUUUGAGAACCAGCUCACUAAAACUAUGAACUCAAACCCAUUAAAUGCUAUGGGAAUGGUUGGCGGGGGAGAAAAAUUUCCAUUGUUACAAGUUCUCGAGCAACAACUGGGAGAGCUGGAAUUGAGACUUCGUGACAGCGAUUUAGACGACAUCAGAAAAUUCCUGCUCCUGGUAUCAAAAGUUCACUUAUUAACGUAUUGUUUCACGGGCUCGAAACCCUCAGAUAGUUCAGCGGGGUUCGAUGCUAUAGACGCCACGGUGCGCGACAUUGAAACUAACUUCGAAGUAAAGCGUGGGUUCGUCAAAGUUUACAACGCUGCCAUCGAGCUUUUGUUGCACACGUCAGCAAUGUGGAAGUCAGAUCCCGCUGUAAUCAAGUCGUUUCCCGGUGUUUUUGUGCUCAACAUCUGGCAGACAGCGUGUAUUAUAAGCAAGCUGGUUCACUCAUCAUUGGAUUCAGUGCUUAAUUUGAAGCUGGGUCAAAAAGUUUAUCAAGAUGCUGUACUGCUAACGUUCAAUGCGUCGGUGCUUAAAUAUGAUAUGGCAUAUCGGUCAUCCGGCAUAAUGAGAAGCAUAUGGAGCAUGUUUAGUAACAUGCACGAAAAGUGGAAAAACAAGCAAGCCGGCCAGGAGCGUCGCGUUGAGGGCGACUUUAACUUGGACAUUACCAUAAAGUCCCGAAUGUCCGCUAGCGUGUUUUUUGACUGCCUUUACAUCCUAAGGUCGAAGUGUGGCAUGGCGAAGUUAAAGCGGGAAAUGAGAAGGCACUCCAUUGACAAUGAUGGCGAAGAGGAACUCCAAAAAGGUCCAAAUGACGUUGGGCAUCCCAAAGGAAAGCAAGAGCGGCGUUUAUCAGGCAACAAACAUCCUGAGGAGAACGCGCGUAAACUUAUCAAGACUAUCCCACUCGACCCAGUGCCCAUAAAUGCGCCUGCCAGCACAGGCAGCAGCUCUGCGAGUCCUGGGAGCCAAGCUGGUGAUGUCCCAUCUCUAAGGAGUAUUCUAAAUCGCAGAUUGCCACGACCUGAUGAAGCAAGAACACAGAACUCAGGGUCAACUUUCAAUAGCCCACAAAGUGGAGCCGGUGGUCAGCAUACUGCCACUUCUACGGAGGGACAGAGAGCAAAUCAUUUAGAUCUAGCGCCAGACGCGCUCAUAGAACAAAGCUUACUGGACCCUCGCGAUACCAGCGAGCAUACAAGUCUCUUUCAUCGGCCAAUGCCUGUUGAAAACAACGAGAGCAUAGAUCAGCCUAUACUCUCAUCCCAUAGAAGUGACUCUCCUGUUACGAUGGAGCACUGGGACAACUGGGAAUCAGAUAUGGUUUGGAAAGAUGUCGACAUCUUGAUGAAUGAAUUUGCAUUCAACCCCACGGUUUGA